UCUGAAUAAAUUUUCACGUGUUACCAAAUUUUGUCAACAAAACAUAAUUAAAUUUAAAAAGGUGGCAUCGUAGCUUGACAAAAAUGCAGCAUGAUGAUGUCAUCUGGAGUAUUAUCAAUGGAUCUUUUUGCUCUUUUAAAACAAGAGCAAAGACACAAAAGUUUUGCCGUAAUGAAUAUAGUUUGACGGGUCUAUGUAACAGAGCUUCAUGUCCCCUAGCCAACAGUCAAUACGCAACUGUAAGAGAAGAAAAUGGUGUGUGUUUCUUGUACAUGAAAGUUGUUGAAAGAGCUGCGUUUCCACGGCGACUGUGGGAGAAGGUGAAAUUAUCAAACAGUUACGAGAAAGCACUCAAACAGAUUGAUGAACAACAUUACUGGCCAAAGUUUGUAAAGCACAAGUGUAAGCAAAGAUUUACAAAGAUCACUCAGUACCUCAUACGUAUAAGGAGACUUACUCUAAAGAGACAAAAGAAAUUAGUUCCGUUGAGUAAAAAGGUCGAGAGACGGGAAAGACGACGUGAAGAAAAAGCUCUUGUUGCUGCCCAGCUUGAUACAGCUAUAGAGAAAGAAUUACUGGAACGAUUAAAACAAGGAACUUACAAGGAUAUAUACAACUUCCCGCAAAAAGCGUUUGACAAGGUGGUCGAGGGAGAGGAAGUUGAAAGCGAGAGCGAGUCAGAGAAAGAAGAUGGAGAGAUGGACGAAGAUUCUGAAGAUGAAGAUGAGGUGGAAAUGGAAGAAGAAUCGGAUUCAGGUGAGGUGGAGUAUUAUUGCGGAGGAAGAGUUUGAGGAGAGUGACAUGGAGGAUAUGGAGGAUAUGGACAGAUUACAAUCACAGUC